CUGUGAUCUAGUUCAAAGGCGGUUGUGUGAAAUUUGAUGAGUGUUCUGUUACUGCUUCUAAAGUUGUUUAUUCAUUCAGUUGACUAGGUAUUAUCAUUAAAUUAAGUAGCUAUCAACUCAUGAAUACAAUAGGUACCUUCACAAAUGACUGGCGUUUUAUUUACGAAUUAUCUACGUGUUAGAUGUUACGUGACUGAAAGUGAUGGUGAUUUAUAUUACAGCGUAGUAAGUGAAAUUGGGUCUCAUUAUUCUACUUGUGAGUAUUUCAUUUGAUAUAUUAAAAUUAUCAUUUAUGGUCUAUAGAGUUACUUGAAUUGAAUUGAAAGUGAAUUCUAUUCAACAUUGGAUCAUCUCAAGACAUAAUUUCUGGAAAGCAUAUCAGGAUCAGUAUGGUAGAGGAAAUGAAUCUGCUCCAGGACUUUCCUCCAGGACCUCUUCAGGAUUACAGAAAAAGAGCUUCGUUUGAUUGGAAAAAACUAAAAAUACUUAUUGAAGAUGAAGUUAUUUUGAAAACAAAGCUAGAGGUAUGGAAGCGAAUGGAGGAGGAUCCAUUGUUCCACCAUUCCUUGGAGACACCUACCUUGGAGGAACAGCGGAGGAUCAACGUCCUGCGCAUGUUUCGCUUCAAACAGUGGAAUGUCCUCUGCCUUGAAGAUGUUGUCCAGGACAUCAGGAAGUUCAUCGCAGUGACUACAGUAUUGUUCAGCUAUUCUCCCUCUUUGGCGCUUAAAGUGCAACUGACCUUCAACAUGUUCCAAAACUCCAUGCUGGGAAUGGGUACUGACAGGCACUUCAAGUUCUUUGAGGCCUGCGAGAAAAGUGAACCAGAAUUGACGGGAUGCUUUGCCCUUACUGAGUUCUCCCAUGGGACUAACACCAAGUCGAUGCGCACGGAGGCCCGGUACGACCCAACCACGGAGUCAUUUGUUCUCCACACACCCGACUUUGAGGCGGCCAAGUGCUGGGUGGGCAGUCUUGGUAAAACUGCGACGCACGCUCUGGUGUACGCACGUUUAAUCACGCCAGAUGGCAAGGACCAUGGGCUGCACGCUUUUGUGACUCCCAUCCGUGACCCUCGUACUCUCUGCCCCUUCCCGGGUGUAUCAGUGGGUGACAUGGGAGAGAAGGCUGGACUCAAUGGUGUUGAUAACGGGUUUGUAAUCUUUGAUAAGUAUCGUAUUCCACGAGAAAAUCUGCUCAACAAAGGUGGUGACGUAACGCCAGAAGGAAAAUACGUGAGUCCAUUCAAGGACUCAAAUAAACGAUUUGGAGCUGCGCUGGGGAUGCUGUCGCAAGGUAGGGUGAGCAUCGUCAGUAUCUGCGUGGCGUACCUGAGCAAGGCUCUCCCCAUAGCCAUCCGAUACUCGGCAGUCCGCAGGCAGUUUGGUGUAGAGGCUGACAAGGAAUUGCCCGUACUCGAGUAUCAGCUGCAGCAAUGGCGACUGUUUCCUUACUUGGCGGCCACUUUUGCGAUCAAGAACUUCAGCGAUGACUUGUGCAAGGAGUUCGGCAAGUUUCAAAUCCAAAUAAUGACAAACGAAAACAAAGAUGAGGUUGCAGGUUUGGGAACAGAAUUCCAUGUGAUCUCCAGUGCUGCUAAACCACUGGCUGGUUGGAUCACCAGAGAUGCAAUACAAGAGUGUAGAGAGGCCUGCGGAGGCCACGGCUACUUGAAGUGUGCUGGUUUAAGUGACCUGAGAAACGACCACGAUGCCAACUGUACAUACGAGGGGGAUAACAACGUGCUGCAGCAGCAGACCAGUAACUGGCUGGUGUCUCUGUGGGCGCGCAAGCACGAACGAGAUGUGUUCAGCACUCCUCUAGGUUCUGUGGCAUUCCUGGCACACCACACCGAGAUACUGGACACGACCUGGACCGCUCGUGCCAUUGUGGAAAUCACUGAUCUGCAAGUUCUGCUGAAGGCAUACCAGUGGUUAAUCUGUUACUUGACAAAAAGUACCUUCCAACGCCUGAAGAUAAACCAGAGUCACGGCAAAGAUAUGUUUACGGCCAAGAAUAACUCUCAAGUCUUCUUCGCUCGCACACUCAGUAUUGCAUAUAUUGAGCAUUUUAUCUUGUGGAAGUUCUCUCAGCUUGUUGAGAGCCAGAAGACUGACCCAAGCAUUCAGUCAGUCCUGCACAAACUGGCAGCACUGUAUGGAGUCUGGAGCCUAGAGCGACAUUUGGCAACACUGUACCAAGGCAAGUAGUGUUUCUGACCUUAC